CUUCCGGCUCGCGCCGGGCCUGUUUCCGGUGUCCGCCCUCCGGCUCCUCCCGCCGCCGCCGCUGCCGCCGCCGCCGCCGCGAUGCUGCUGCUGCUGUGGCGGUCCCGCUGCCUCGGCCGGGCGCUGGGCCGCCCGUUGCGCGCGCUCCGGCAGGGGAACUGUACUCUGGCAAGAUGCUCUCUGUCUGGUGUGGCUGGGAGCCAGGGACUGGCUUACACCAACAGCCGGAAGCUUGUAGUAAAUAGCUCCAGUGUCUUCACUGUCCGUUACUUCAGAACCACUGCAGUACGUAGAGACGAUGUGGUUACGGUGAACACACCAGCCUUUGCAGAGUCAGUCACAGAAGGAGAUGUCAGGUGGGAGAAAGCUGUUGGAGACACAGUGGCGGAAGAUGAAGUGGUGUGUGAGAUUGAAACAGACAAGACAUCAGUCCAAGUUCCAGCCCCAGCAGCUGGUGUGAUUGAAGCCCUUCUGGUACCUGAUGGUGGCAAAGUGGAAGGGGGGACACCUCUGUUCAAACUCAGGAAAACUGGAGCUGCUCCCGCCAAAGCCAAACCAGCAGCAGCCCCCCCUCCUCCUGCAACCCCUGAACCUGUAGCUGCGGCUGCUCCUCCCCCUCCGGCAGCCCCGAUUCCCACUACAAUGCCACCAGUGCCGCCUGUGUCACCUCAGCCCAUCGACAGCAAACCAGUGUCUGCAGUGAAGCCGGCUGCAGCCCCAGCGGCAGCCCCUCCUGGGGAGGCAGUGCCCAGCAAAGGUGCCAGAUCAGAGCAUAGGGUGAAAAUGAAUAGGAUGCGUCAACGUAUUGCUCAGCGGCUGAAAGAGGCUCAGAAUACUUGUGCCAUGCUGACCACUUUCAAUGAGAUCGAUAUGAGCAACAUCCAGGAGAUGAGAGCUGUACACAAGGAUCCCUUUCUGAAAAAGCACAACCUGAAACUAGGUUUCAUGUCAGCUUUUGUGAAAGCUGCAGCUUUUGCUCUGCAGGACCAGCCCGUUGUGAAUGCAGUGAUUGAUGACACGACCAAAGAGAUUGUAUACAGGGACUAUGUGGACAUCAGUGUCGCUGUAGCAACUCCCCGGGGUCUUGUAGUCCCUGUCGUUAGGAACGUAGAAAACAUGAACUUUGCUGACAUCGAGCGUGCUAUCUACGAGUUGGGGGAGAAGGCACGGAAGAAUGAACUGGCCAUUGAAGACAUGGAUGGUGGCACUUUCACAAUCAGCAACGGAGGGGUUUUUGGGUCACUCUUUGGGACACCUAUCAUUAACCCACCCCAAUCUGCCAUCUUAGGCAUGCAUGCCAUCGUCAACAGGCCUGUGGCGGUGGGAGGCAAGGUCGAGGUGCGGCCCAUGAUGUACGUGGCGCUGACGUACGAUCACCGGCUGAUUGAUGGCAGAGAGGCAGUGACUUUCUUGCGCAAGAUCAAGGCAGCAGUGGAGGAUCCCCGCGUGCUGCUGCUUGACCUGUAGAGCAGCCACACCCCCACACAACCCGCCCAGGGCAGGGCUGCAGCACCAGCAGGGGCAAUGCAGGGCAUUCAGGAACUGGUAGGGGUCAUUCCAGUCUCCCUCUCUCCGCUGUGAGCGGAGCUGUCCUAGAGGGAAUUGUGGGGAUAGCUCCUACCUCCUUUCCUAUUCUAUUUAACAAAGUUUAUCUCUCACGAGGAUUGCUGUGCAGUGGGCCAACCACUGAAUGGCACUGCCUUUCCAGAGCCGUCUGUAUGGCAUCCUCUCCCUCAAAGCACCAAACUCUCACCUCUAGCUUGUCCUAUACCACUGGAAACUGCUUAUUGCUGCUGUGCUAGGGUACCCUAUCCUGCCGCUUCAAGGCGGGUUCAGCUUUAUUUCCUAGCACUGAGGUUUCUGGGAGUGAGAGGAGAGGAAAAGCCACUGUUCUGUCUCUGUGUUGCUUGAAAACAUUUCACACUCGUCUGUCUCGCAAGGGCAGUCUGGGAACCUCUGGGCCACUUGCAGCACAAGUUGUGAUCAGAGCAGGGCUCGAGGUAGGUGUCACGCCCCUGUCAGUGCCCUAGUUACACUCCCUCCACAGACAGGAAUGUAGCAGUGGCAGCUCCCCGGCUUUCCCUUGGAAGUUGUCUUUCUCCAGGCUGGUCACUGUGGCAUGAAUGUUCAUGUCUGGGUGGGCAGAGCCCGGGACUUCUGUGGAGGUAGCACUGUUCUUAGGGGGACAACCCUUUCACCAUUACAGGCCCAACACGGUGAUGAGAACCAAGCCCUAGCAGUUGUCCUUGAAUUCAUGGCUCACUGACAGUGGAUCUAACUGCUGGCUUCCUGCGUGCAAGGGCUUGGCCUGCUACCAGCAGAGACACAGCUGGGGAGGGCCAGGUCUUUAAAUGUAAUGUAUGUCCCAGCCCACGGCUGCUGGUUUUGGGGGGAGGGGGGCAGUCCUUAAUUCGAUAGCGCACACAUGUAUUGGGGAGUGAGGGGGUUGCUAGUGCCUGCAGAGUCUAUUACUCUUACCCUCUACACAGAACUUGUAACUAAAAUGUUUAACACAGCGGAUUUUAAAUGAAAUAAAACUGGGCAAUGACUGCAAGGUGAGGUGUGUUUGAGGGGUGAGCGGCAGCUCCUGGGUGAGAACUCUGGCAUCAGCAGCAUCCCUAGUGUAGCAUAAGCAUCUAUGUUAGCUAAUGGUGAGAAAGAAGAGGGAAUGGGAGAUGGACCCAUCCCUGGUGGUUCUAAACUGAGGCUUCUCUGGCUGUGAACUAUACUGUCCUCAAAACCUCUUUGGCACAGAAUUGACUCUUCCCAGCAAAGAUGAAGUUUUCAGGGCUGGAAAUGAUCCUUUUCUUGGUCUAGCCACUUAACGGUUACAGAUACCAAGGAAAUCCCAGUGUUUGCUAAAUGCUUUGAUGGCCAAGAGGGAGAACUGGGAUAGGCUCUGAAAGGUGUGGAGCCAGGCUGGUUGUAAAUCAUGAAAGUUUGAUAAAGGCUGUUAGGGGCUGCAGAGAGAGGAAGGAGACAAGAUCAAAGAAUUGUAAAGUAAAAGCUGUCUGUGGUGCUGAGAGCAUUUCCCCAAGGAGCUAUUCACGUUGGAACAAUAUGAAAUUGUUCUUGGAUCACAGCAGGGUUUUUCCAGCUCUGACAUCAACUUCGGCAAAUUGUUUGCCCUUCUCAACUACGAGUGAAGAAGGCAGCCCCUUUUCACAGAAAAUGAUUGCACUCACAGCUGUCACGCUGGCAAAGAGGAGAGCAAUUCCUAGUACUGGUUCCUCCAGCUUCCUGGCAGCUGUCGAGAUACCCGUGCUUGAAGUCAGCUUUCCUCUGACUGUCUGGGGUUGAAGUAGAUGAAGAGCAGAGGGAGAAAAACCACCUUUCCCAUGCUG